GUUGAUCUUUUACAGGUCACCACGAGAAAGGGAAUUAGAGCUCGAGCACAGUUACUGGCCCGUUCCUUCUUACCAUUCCUCCAACUCCAACUCCACCCAACUCUAUUCAUUCUGUCCCUCCAUUGUCAUCCCACUCGCCCUUUGCUUGCUUCUAUCUCGAUUCCAAUCCAACGCCCCUGCUAUCCGCCACCUCACACCCUCACACCAAUACACGCACGAGACCACACACGCGUCGUUUUCUUCUUCCUCUUUGCGAUUCAUUCGUCCUUCAUAAUUUCUUGUCCCUCCCCUCCCCUCAGAGGCUCCACCUGACAUACCUGACAUUUCUCAUCCACUGCAACCUCCUUUCCUGACCUCUGAUCCUCUAUCCCUCAACAUCACCACUCUCUUCCUCCUCCGUAUACGCCCGAUAUAUCCCUGGUCAGCCUUUCCCCCGCAUUUGAUACUCUUCGACAUCCGCAUCCAAGAGAAUCAUCCUCACAUGUCUUCUUAACUCGCCAAUCAUCGACCGAUCGGAGAGAACAUGCCAGCUUCCCCUCCGAUCAACCCACACAAUGUCUUCUCCCCCGCCUUCCUCGAAUUCCCUGGCUUCCGAGACGCAAGAUCACCAUACUCUCUCUUUGACUUUAGCUGAGACGCCGGCAGGUGGAGCCUCCCGCUCUUCCUCAGGCACAGCAGCCAUGCCCUCCUCUACGAAACCUCGUAAAUUCCUCCCACAGCCCUUUGAGGAAAGCUCACGGUCGUCCCAAAAGAACAACAUAGACCAUGAUGGAGAUACCACAAUGGUGAACGGCCUCGACCCUACCAGACCUUCCAAGUCUCGUUUCUCCUACUCCGACGAUCCCACCUCUCCUGGAAUGCUCAACAGCAGGCCUGACUCUACACCCACACAGAAUACUGCUGAGCCCGUUCAAUUGCCCACACGACCAGCACGCCGGAAAUUCGCUGCGCAGCCAAUUGAGACCACAUUCAAGACGAGUAAGGAUAGACCUCAACCUCAACAGAUCGACGAGCCCUCCACUCCUCCCAAAGCACGUCGGAAAUUCGCCGCUCAGCCGGUGGAAACAUCCACAAGGAGCAGCAAAGAGAAGAAAACCAAAGACUCUGGGGACGACUCUGAGACCACUCCUAAGCCACGUCGCAAGUUCGCCGUCGAACCCGUCGAGACCAGCACCAUCAGACGGCGGCGGAAAGCUGACAGUCGAGACUCGGACGAAGACGCCGACCAGACCUCUCCUCACGUUUCUUCCACUUCUAGUCGGGGAGGCAGCGGUCCACGUAGAUUCUCCCCCGAAUUACUUGAGACAGCAAAAGGGUCAUACCGUCGGGUCCAUCUCCAGUCACCGGAAGUACAGAGUCCUCCGCCUCCAAAGCCGCUAUCCGUCUCAUCAGAGGAAGAAGCAGAUACAGUGGGCGGCCUAGAGGAGUCACGCUUUUCUGCGGCGGCUCUGGCUCGCAAGCACCCCGAGGCCACUCGACAGCACUCUUUUGUCGUUCCUGACCUCCCCAUGAUCGAGUCCAACACGGAAGACGAAAGCUCCGACGCACCCUCAUUGAGCGACACCCCAUCCUCCUUUGAGGUUGAGAGUAGUAGGAUCACUCGAGCGGAUCCUCAAGAAAGUUACACAGAGUACGUGCUGCGGUUGGCCGCUGAGACGGUGAGCGAAAAGGAAUUGCAGGAACAAGCCAUGGCGGCAUAUAUCAACGAACGGCCCCACGAACCAGUGGAUCAUUUCGCCAUCUCCCACGACGAAGACAUAGACGGACCAUUGCCCGUUCCCAUGUUCCAAGGCGAAAAAGGUGUCGACGUCCAAACAUUUCGUCGGUCAUCGGCUGCUGAGCUGGAUCUGGAAAUGGCCAACAUGCGCAAGCAUCACGAACAGCUUGAAAGAGCCAAGAGAGACCUCAAGGCCGAUACUGCUGGGCAAAGCCGCUUUAGUGCCGCUGCAUUGGCGACCAGACAUCAUCUAGAGGCUAAGGGGGUGAAGAAAGCAAAGAAGAUUCGUGGUCUCGACGAAGAUUCAGAACUUGCACGGAUGCGCGCUGCUGCAGCGCCUCCCAUGCUUGGCAGCGACAUUGUAUUCCCUUAUACCAUUUCACCCAAGAUGACCCGGUGUGAUCCAGACCAGGCGCCACGACCUCGCAGUCAGAACAGUGACGAUGAGGCCUCGAGUCCGGUAUCCCCCCAUCUUUGGUCCGCGGAAAAGAAGCGGGGGAACAAUGCGGGAGUAGGUUUAUGGAUGGGCUUGUGCCAGGGUACGCAGAGCCAGACCUCGAGCUCCAAGGAUGGCCUCAGAAGUGGAAUUCAGACUCCAGUGGUGGAGAAAAGCAAUCCGUUUGAGGUCGCCACUCCGGGCCGAGGGAACCAGACGCCCGGUCGACAGACACCCAGUCGGAAGCGCUUCUUCGGGGGGCUGCACAUGGUCCCAUUGACCCCUCCACGCAGCCAGGAUGGCGGAGACAUGUUUACGGACACGAUUGACCGAAAACUCAUGUUGGAAAAACAGAUUGACGACGAGUUUUCCAACAGUGUCAUCACACAGAUUUAUAACUAUUUGAGUCUAGGAUACCCUACCCUCGCGCGCAUGUUUGACGAAGAGUUGAGCAAGAUCAGCCGGAUAUCCGUCGAAGAACUGAGAAAGGACGACGCCAACAUGGAUGCCAAGGGAUACGUUGGAGCACCGGAAGGAAAUGGAGCAGAUGAGAGCGAGGUGAUUGGCAAAUGUAAACGAUGGGAAGCUCUCAAGCUCUACGUCAAGGAAUGGGCACGACAAAGCCCCAAUUUCGCAGACGACCAUUCGCGGCGACUCGGUGGAGCCAACGCAGAAUGGGGUGCCGGUGCUCGAAAAGGCAGCUGGGGUCAUUGAAUUGUGUGUGAGGUAUGGGCUGGUCUCUGCGAACUUUUUGUCGUUCCUUGCUAUAUUGAUGUGAGGAUUUUCGGCACAGGCAUGGCGUUGCAUUGGUCUGCAGGAAUAUCCGAAGAAAGAUGGAUUUGUGUCACUGCACGCACGUGUUUUGGGGGACAGGUGGUUUUGCAUCCAGCUUGACUUGAAAUUGACAAUGGGACGGAGUGUAUCAAGCAAUUGCAUGCAUUCCAUGUCAAGGUCAUAAGUGGCCUUGACGACACACAAGGAUGAGCGCGAGUACAAGUGCGUGUCAGUAUUUGGACCGAGAGUAGAGUACAUUUGAUGGUUGAGAGACGUAAAUAUCUUCAUCCUCAUCAUCGCCCUCGACAGAGCAGACAGGAAGAACAAACAAUUC